CGGCCGUGGCGAGCGUGACGUGGCAGAGAGCGAGCGAGCGAGCGCGGAUCUCGGUCGCACAGCCGCCGCCGCCGCCGCCUGCGCCUUUAUAAGUGGGCGCCGCCGAGCCCCGCCAGGUCAGCGCGCCGCCCGCUCCGCACAGCCGUCCGCCAGUGGAACCCGGCGCCGCGCCGCCCUUCCUCCGCCGCCAUGGGCCUCACCAUCUCCUCGCUCUUCUCGCGCCUCUUCGGCAAGAAGCAGAUGCGCAUCCUCAUGGUUGGUUUGGAUGCUGCUGGUAAGACGACUAUCCUUUAUAAGCUGAAACUAGGAGAAAUUGUCACCACAAUUCCCACUAUUGGUUUUAAUGUGGAAACAGUAGAAUACAAAAACAUUUGCUUCACAGUUUGGGAUGUUGGUGGUCAAGAUAAAAUCAGACCUCUUUGGAGGCAUUAUUUCCAAAAUACACAGGGCCUCAUCUUUGUGGUGGAUAGCAAUGACAGAGAGAGAAUCGAGGAAGCAGCAGAUGAGCUGCAGAAAAUGCUUCAGGAGGAUGAGCUGCGAGAUGCAGUGCUGCUGCUGUUUGCAAACAAGCAGGAUCUGCCGAACGCCAUGGCAAUCAGCGAGAUGACGGAUAAACUAGGCCUGCAGUCCCUGCGUAACAGAACUUGGUAUGUCCAAGCUACCUGUGCUACGCAAGGAACUGGUCUGUAUGAGGGACUUGACUGGCUCUCAAACGAACUCUCAAAACGCUAACUCAAACUGGAUGACUCUUUCACCAGGGACACGUUUGAUAUAAGUGGUCUAGGCUUGUUACAACAAAAUUAGUUUGCAUCUUGGUUAUUACAAUAUCUGGAACUGAUCUUUGGGCAGGAUAUUACAGCAUUUCAACUUUUGUUGCCAAUUAUUGUUUACCGAGCUACAUGUUGCAAAGGUAGCAAUAUGCUUGGGUAAAAAUCUCCUUAACUUGGAAAAAGUGUAUCUUCUGAUUCUACUCCCCUUGUUAGCCUAAAUGCCUGAGUAUAGUUAUCGUGACAUCUUCAAGAUCUGUUUUGAAUACUUUUUUUUGAGCCCCAAUAAAUUAAUGUUUUAAUUUUUCUCCCCGCUACUUUUAGUUUACUGAUGCCGUUUCAUUCCUCAGACAGUCUGCUGAUUUAAAAAUGUAGCAUUCCGUAUAUUUAUUUCUCUCCCUUGCCAAAAAGAAUUCCUAAUACUGCUUGUUCCCGCCGAGAAAAUGCUCUAAAACACUAUUCAAAUCUACUGCACUGAGGAACAUUUUAUUAAUCCUUGGGUUCUAUCAGCCCAACUUGCCUUUGUGAGAAUUGGAUUCGAUGGGUAGAAUAGUUCUGUGCUGGCUGCGAAGAGCUCAUGUUGAGGUUGUUUUUAAUAUUCAGCAGAUUGUCUUCCUUUAUAUUGUAUCUUUUUUUUAUGUUGCAUGUUGCUUUUUGGUAUCAGCCUGACUAUUUUUGCCCAGUGUAUAAUAGUUCUGCUGAAGUUUUACUGUUUGUUGGUGGACAUAUCUUCAUAAUGAGAUUUUGGAAAAUUCAUCAAACUCAAUGGAUUAGUUUCUUCAUAACCCACUUGGAAUUAUUCCUAAUAAAAUGAUAAAAUGUA